UUGAAAAUAGUGAAAACCCUUCAGGUUAUGAAUUUUGAUCCACAAUCGAGGAAAAGCUGGAUUGUAAUAGAAAUAAGGUGAUAUGGAAAUUAUUUUGCGCUCAAUUAUAUUCGUGGUGUAUUCGAACUGUGUGAAAAUGAACAAAAUCAAAGUUUGAAGUUUACAGUUCAUACUUCAGAGUUCGAAGUUCAAAGUUUGGGGUUAAAAGCUCAAGAUUCAAGGGCGAAGUUCCAAGUUUAGCGUUCAAAACUUCCGACUAGAAGUUCAAGAUUUAAUGUUACAAUUCCACAUUUCAAAUAUCACAUUUGAAGUUUCAAGUUUCAAAUUGCUAUAUUACAACUAACUAGACAAUUUGUAGCAAGAGAAAAACAUGGAUUCCGGCGUGAAGCCCCAUAUCUGUGCCUUAAAAAAUAGUGACAAAUACUACAUGUUCGGCUCAGAUGAGGACAUCACGUGUAAAAAUAUAUGGAUAAACAUGUUCCAAAUCAAUGGGAAAACACCGAGGGCGAAAAUAUUUUUCGACAGUAUGGCGCAUGUGUGUGCCGAGAGAAGAAGGCACGCUCUGAUACAUUGGUGGAUUAUUCAUCCUUGCAGCAGUUGGAGAUUUCUAUGGGACUUGGUAAUGACAGUGGUAUAUAUGGUCGGCUUUCUGACGAUCCCAUUUUCCGUCAGUUUUAUUGUCAUGAGUCAUGAUAGAAUUCGAAUGGAUAAAUUCAAUUUCUUAAUCUACGCUUUCUGCUGGAUGGAUAUAGUAUGCAAUUGCUUCACUGGAUAUUACGACAAGAAACUCAUGCAAGUGGAAUUGGCUCCCUUCAAGAUAUUCAUGAACUAUUUAAAAACCUUCCUUAUAUUGGAUAUCCUUUCCUCAUUGCCAUGGGAUCACAUAACUUUGCCAUGGCGAAGUCUUCCUGGAAGAGAAUCUAAUCAUUUAGUUUCUCUGCUCAAUCUCUUACCUUGUUUGAAGCUAUCGCGUUAUGGCUACGUUAAUAUGCGAAUCUCCGAGCUUUUUAGCCAUUUCGAAGUGAUGCACUUUUAUUAUGAACUACUUUCCACCUUCAUGCUGGGAUUUUACAUAAUGUACUGGUCUUCGUGUCUAUAUUACUUGAUACCAGUGUUAGUUUUGCACUUCAGUAACUCUUUACCGGAAGAAUGUCCUGAAUGUUGGGUGACAGGGUUAGACAGCAGCAGCAUACCUUCCAGGUUUCAAUCCACACUCUUUAUCGUCGUGGAGAAAUUAGCAGCGAGUGGUUACGGUGGCUACGUGCCAAGAACAAACGGUCACAUUGUACUGAGCUUUCUUCUUAUACUCAUUGGUAAAGUGCUCGAAUGUUACAUUGCAGUGAUGCUGAUUCAAAUAAAAGCAGGAAAACAAGCAUCGAAAUCGAAAUUUCAAGAAAUAAUAAAUCAGUUAUGCGCUUACACGAGUCAAAAACAAUUACCAAAACACAUGAAGAUUCGUCUUCUGGCUUAUUACUAUUAUCGUUUCAGGAAUAGUUACUUUCGCGAAAAGUCUAUCUUAUCUAAUUUAUCAGAACAAUUACGUCAAGAGAUUGCACUCCAAGCGAGUCAUCGUUUAGUUGAAAAUGUAGCAAUAUUCAAGGACUUACCCAAAUACGUUUUACGAUCCAUCAUAAAGAAUUUGAAAUUCGAGCUUUAUCUACCGAACGACGUAAUUAUCAAAGCAGGAGCUUAUGGCGAUUGUAUGUUCUUUUUAUCUGCUGGAACUGUCGCUGUACUAACACCCACUGGGAAAGAGAUCUGUCAUCUGGACGACGGAGCCCAUUUUGGAGAAGUAGCGCUUCUAGUUGGUGAACAAAGAAGAGUCGCAAGCGUGAUUGCGAUUGAAGUGUGCGAGGUGUACCGUUUGGAUCGCAAAGAUUUUCGAAAGUGUAUCUCCGUGCACACAGAAUUAUUCGCGAAAAUCGAGAGACUCGCGACCGAGAGGAUCGAGAGAGCUAUGAUCAUUGAAGAACACCAUAAACGUCAUCUUAAGCGUAGUUCUGCUCAAGCUGAUCAUAGAAAAAAUUUAGGACGUUUCUAA